UAGGUUAGUGUGAUCUCAACUCAAGAGAAAGGUGGGAUAUCAUGGCAUCUAUCUGGGUUGGACACCGAGGGACAAUGAGAGAUUAUCCCAGCUUUAGCGCAUCAGUGGAUGCUGAAGCGAUUCAUAAGGCAAUCAGAGGAAUUGGAACCGAUGAGAAAACGCUCAUUAGCAUUCUGACUGAGAGGUCGAAUGCACAGCGGCAGCUGAUUGCUAAGGAAUAUCAAGCAGCAUAUGGAAAGGAACUGAAAGGUGACUUGAAGGGUGAUCUCUCUGGCCACAUCAAGUGUCUCAUGGUGGCCCUCGUGACCCCACCGGCAGUGUUUGAUGCGAAACAGCUGAAGAAAUCCAUGAAGGGCACGGGAACAAAUGAAGAUGCACUGAUUGAAAUCUUAACCACCAGGACAAGCAGGCAGAUGAAGGAGAUUGGCCAAGCCUACUAUACAGUGUAUAAGAAGAGUCUUGGAGAUGAAAUUAGUUCUGAAACAUCUGGUGACUUCCGGAAAGCUCUGUUGACUUUGGCAGAUGGCAGAAGAGAUGAGGGUCUGAAAGUGGAUGAGCAGCUGGCCAAAGAGGAUGCCCAGAUUCUCUAUAAUGCAGGUGAGAACAGAUGGGGCACGGAUGAAGAUACGUUCACUGAGAUCCUCUGUUUAAGGAGCUUUCCUCAACUGAAACUGACAUUUGAUGAAUACAGAAAUAUAAGCCAGAAGGACAUUGAGGACAGCAUAAAAGGAGAAUUGUCUGGGUGUUUUGAAGACUUACUGCUAGCCAUAGUCUGUUGUGCAAGGAACACACCUGCCUUUUUAGCUAAAAGACUGCACCAAGCUUUGAAGGGCGCUGGGACUGAUGAGUUUACUCUGAACCGAAUAAUGGUUUCCAGAUCAGAAAUUGACCUUUUGGACAUUCGAGCAGAGUUUAAGAAGCAGUAUGGCUAUUCCCUACAUUCAGCAAUUGAAUCAGAUACUUCUGGAGACUAUGCAGUCACACUCGUAAAGAUCUGUGGAGGAGAUGACUGAGUCAAGAAUGUCAUUUCUAAAGGCUGCCUGCUCCCAUGACGGACUUUCCCCACAGCUCUCAUUACUUCUUUCUCACAGUAUUUACAAGUACAAGCAAGUGUCAAGAGCAACCUGUUUUUCUAACAGAGAUUUUCAUUGUUCCAUAAUAAUAACAACAACAAAGUGAUUAUUAUCGUAGAACAUCUCAUCAUAAUGUAACCGUUCAUAAAUGAAAUUUUCAAAUGACAUUAAAGAUCAGCUAAUACUAUCCAAAUUAUAUUUCUGCUUUGGAAGUGAGACUCUUUGUACAGUUCUAAAACAUUAAAUGCAAAACAGUGUAAUACAAGUUCUUGCCUCUGUAAAA